AUGAAUGGACGAGGGUCCUCAGGCCAUCUUCCUCCACUGGCACCGUUCCCGUCUUCAAACAUAAGAAGUAGCCUCGGUGCCAAUGUCUAUGAUGGAUAUCUCGACUCGUGGCUUUCCAGUAUCGAAUUUCGCCUUCGGCUGAGCGACCAAGAGUUCGCGAAAUUCUCAUUCUCGGAUUCUACCGCCGAAGUGGAAUUCUUGCGUUCACUACUGGAAUGCGCGGGACGAGAAAGAUGGAACUCGACAUGUUCACAGAAAGAACGUCUCCUGCUGAGACGGGCGUACUUACUUCUCAAGCGCCUUCUACUGGGAACAGGAGUUCCUUUCGACUUUGAGGAAUCCAAGUUGCUGAGCAUUCUUUGUCUUCUCAGUUCAGUUUAUGGCUCUGUCACCGACGUGAAAACUACUAUUCGUUCACUGUGGGCGAGGGACAAGGCACAGAUGAGCACUGCAGUCGAGAGUUGGAAGCGAAGCACAUCGGAAUCUCUCUCUGCUGCACUGCACCAACAAGAGACCUUGUCGGAAACUCUCCAACUGUUCAAUCCGUUCCUCAAGGUUUCACCGGAGGCAGGUGUCGUAUUGAUGACGGGUUCCGAUUUCAUCGAGUCACUGAUCGAAGCUUACGGUGGCUUGCGGGCGGGGCCUGACACACUUGCAAUUCAGAAGCUGUUGACGGAGAACAUCUUCUAUUGUCUGAGAAGUCUUAUGUCGGAUGGGCUGCAGAAUAGCUCUUUGCUAUUGGAUCAUCUCUACCACAUGAAAUCAGAAGCUGACCGAGCGACAAAAUCCAACGCUUUCACACCGACCCUCUGCUCAAGCUUGGUAUGCCAAACCUCAUUCUUGAGACAUUUGGCUGCCGAUACCGCCGUCACUUCUGGAAAGCGAGGGCAAAGCCUGUUCGAUGCACUCACGGCCUACCGUCUGAAUACCGCACACCUUCAUCCUGCGCCGGGGCCCCGUCGGCGGAAGCCUGCCAAGGGGAAGGCCAAAGCUGACGCACAUGAAGUCAUGCACAUUCACAAAGCUUCCCAAGUGUCACAAAUACACGAGCUUUUCCCCAAUCUAUCCAAUAAUUACAUCCUUCGACUUCUUGACCAUUUCAACGACGACCCAGAAGCGGUGAUCGCUGCACUACUCGAACCAGACUCCCUUCCAGCCACCCUUCGCGAGUCAGAUGAGUCCGAAGAGCCCUUAAGCUACCUUGAUGGACCAGCCCAUGAUAUAGCACCGCGGUCAACUCCGCCAUUACCCUCGCAAAGAAAGAACGUGUUUGAUGGAGACGAAUUCGACAAGCUGCACGUCUCGGCGAAACGGCUACAUAGAGGUCGGAAAGCGAUAACCGUGGAGGGUGAGGGUGAGGAUGAGCACAUCCGAAGAAAGGCUGCAAUUAUGGCGGCCCUGGCCGCGUUUGACAGCGAUGACGACGAGCGAGAUGACACCUACGACGUUGCUGAUGUCGGCGGCACGGUCGACUCGACCAUGGACACGGACUCUCGACCGAAAAUGCAGCAACAUCUUGAUCAAAACCCGCACGAAGAAUCAUUGUUCCGAGCAUGGAAGGACAGUGAAGAGCUUUUUGCGCGCGAUAGCAAGACACGGGCAUCCCCGGUACGACAAGACCUGAAGCGAGAGACUGGCAUGAGCGAUGAGCAGCUUGAGGGUUGGGCGAUCAUGCUGAAAAAGAACCCAAAGCUACAAGAUCGUCUAGAGCAGAAGUACUCGGCUUUGGGCUCGUUCCGGGGAAACCAGACGGAGCUUGCUGCUACGAGAUGGCAAGAUGAUACCGCUGACGACAGUGAAGAAGCUGGAAGCAGUAAUGCGGAACGUCGAACCGGCCAGGCAAGGCCACGUGCAGGAGCUCGUGGCCGUGGCCGUGGUCGCGGAGGCAGUACAGCAGGUGCCAGUGGCGAGGCGGCAACCCAGGCGGCGAGGAAGCGUAAAGAACAGGGCAGAGGGAGGGGAGGGGCGAACCAUGGCCGACGAGAGGGACGUGCCCGUAAGAUCGGUAGAGGUAUGGCAGGACCAGUCUCCUGA